AUGGCGGCUCUCUCCGCGUCUUCCGCUCUGGCUGUGUCCAGAUUUACAUCUCUUCCAUCGGCGCAUUCUUCAUUAUCCCCGCUGCGUUCGGCGGGAAAAGUUCCACGAUUCACUUUCCGCGUACGCGCAGACGCGUCGGGAGGGGACGCGGAACCCGUGGUUGAGAAUGCGCCUUCAGCGGGAUCCGCGGAAGCUCCGCCGAAGAAGAAGACGAUUCGGCGCGUGAAAAAGCCGGACGGCGGAAGCGCGGCGGAUGAUCUGCUGGCGCCGGGCCGAUCCGUGGAAGAGCGCGGUGUGACUGUAGAGGGCGUGGCUAAAGUGGAUCGCGGAGAGAGCUCGUCCACACUCGCGCGCGCGCUCCUCACAGCGGGGGGGGAUGCGGCGGUGCUCAUUCUCUUCGCAUACAUCGGCAGAGCCACGCACGUGUCCGCCGCCAUAGACUGGGAGCUCAUCAAAACCGCCCAACCCUUCCUCGCGGGCUGGUUCAUCUCGGCCAUCAUAUUUGGCGACUACAGCGUCGGCAAGCCUCUGCCUGCGUCGCCAGGAGACACUGCCAAGGAGGCAGGGAAGACGUGGGCGCUGGGCAUACCGCUAGGCAUUGCAUUCCGCAGUCUAAUCAAGGGCCAGGCCCCCCAGGUGCCCUUCCUAGUAGUGGCCGUCGUCACAACAUCCCUCCUCAUGCUCGGAUGGCGCGCUGCCCUCGCUGCUGCUCUCCCGGGGGAUGGCGGGGAGAAGUCAAAGCUGGACCGCAAGGGGAGUGUGUUUGAGCUGCUGGAGUCGACGCAAAAAUCACCUCUGCCUGCUGCUCUGCCGGGGGAUGGCGGGGAGAAGUCAAAGCUGGACCGCAAGGGGAGUGUGUUUGAGCUGCUGGAGUCGACGCAAAAAUCACCUCUGCCUGCUGCUCUGCCGGGGGAUGGCGGGGAGAAGUCAAAGCUGGACCGCAAGGGGAGUGUGUUUGAGCUGCUGGAGGUGAGUACUGGGAUGGGAUCGAAUGUGAUUGUUUUGAGUCGACGCAAAAAUCACCUCUGCCUGCUGCUCUGCCGGGGGAUGGCGGGGAGAAGUCAAAGCUGGACCGCAAGGGAAGUGUGUUCGAGCUGCUGGAGCACUCUCCCUUGUCGCAACACAACAGCCCACUUAGUGCUCUGCUGGCGGGCUGCCCUUGCUGCGGCUCUGCCGGGGGAUGGCGGGGAUAAGUCAAAGCUGGACCGCAAGGGGAGUGUGUUCGAGCUGCUGGAGGUGAGGUGGUCUCACUGGUCAGUGGGGGUGUGGUUGGAUUCUCUUUGUGGGCCCUUCUCAUGCUCCGCUGGAGGGCUGCCCUUCUCUUUGUGGGCCCUUCUCAUGCUCCGCUGGAGGGCUGCCCUCGCUGCUGCUCUGCCGAGGGAUGGCGGGGAGAAGUUAAAGCUGGACCGUAAGGGGAGCGUGUUUGAGCUGCUGGAGGUGAGUAGUGGGAUGGGACCAAAUGUGAUUGUUUGA